AUGAACGAACCCAUCUUUCAUUUCUAUGGCAAUAAGGCAGGUGUGGAAGGAGCCGACUAAAUUAAAUAAACGAUUGAUGAUGCCACUAGAGGAUCAGAAUAUUAUAAAAGAUAACAGGAGAAAAGAUAAUAAGUUCUGUCAAAAGUGAGUAAGAUGUAAGUGGAAUUGGAAAACUAUCAUAAGAAUGAACAAAAAAAGAAGGAAACCAAGGAAAUUAUUUAGAAUAAAGUGAAAGAAUUUUAAAUUAACACGGAUAGAAUUUGGGCGCAUUUUGAUAUGGAUAUGUUUUAUGUAGCAUGUGAACUAUUAGACAAACCAGAACUCAAAGACAAACCAGUUGCUGUUGGUUAAAGCAUUAUCUCCACUGCAAAUUAUGUGGCUAGGAAAUAUGGUGUUAGAUCUGCUAUGCCUGGUUUUGUUGCUAAGAAACUAUGUCCUGAUAUCAUCUUUGUUCCUUGUCACUUCGAAAAGUACAAAAGUGUUUCAAAUAUAUUUAUGACUAUCCUCAAAAAGUAUGAUGAUAAUCUAGAAUCUAUGGGAUUAGAUGAGGCAAACUUAGAUCUCACAGAAUAUAUAAACAAUUCCCAAGUGGAUCCAGCAACACUAUGUGAAAACAUCAGAAAAGAUAUAUUCAUAGCAACACAACUCACUGCCAGUUGCGGAGUAGGUCCCAAUAAAAUGAUUGCUAAACUUGCCUCUGAAAUUAAUAAACCCAAUGGAUUGCAUGUCGUUGAAUAAAGUCCCACUGCAGUUCUUGGUUUCUUAGAAAAAUUACCUGUAAGGAAGAUUCCUGGAAUUGGGAAUAUCACUGAGUAAAUUUUAAGUGGCUUAAACUUUAAUACCUGCAAAGAUGUCAGAGACAGAGCCGAUGAACUCUAUAUAAUAUUCACUCCUAAAACAUUCGAAUACAUAUUUUACUCCUGUUGGGGUGUGGCUAGAAACUGUCAUGUUGAAUUUGAAGAUUAACUGAGUAUAAGUUGUCAAAGAACUUUCUCUAGUAUAAGUACUUAAAAAGAAUUCGAAGAUAAAGUUGACUAUAUUGCUGAAAAACUUGCAGAGGAUAUGUAGUAAGAAGAAAAAGUAGGAAAUCAUCUUACAUUAAUUAUCAAAACAUGCAAAUUUGAAAUAAGAAAUAAAUCUUUGCAACUAAAUUAAUACACAAAUCAAGCCAAGCAAAUUGCAAUAUAUGGCAAAUAAUUACUCAAGAUUAUGUAAUUAGACGAGCCUAUAAGAUUACUAGGAUUAAAGAUGGGCUCAUUGGCUAAUGAAAAAUAAAUGCAAAAAUAAUCAAUUUCUACUUAUUUCAAGAAACAAUUUGAUAAAUCUAAUAGUUUAGAAAAUUAGAUUGCAUCCAAUUUGGGUUCAAAGUCUCAUUAGAUAUCUGAGGAUGGCGAUUCUAUCAAUAAAGUUCAACUUUAAUAACCUGAACAAUCUAAACCUGAAAUUAUAAGUGAGGAUGAGGCUAGCAACAUUAGCAAUUAGUUAUUGUCAGGAGUGAAUAGUAAAGGCCACUAAUAUCAAGCCCAAUAACAAUCAUUCUAAUAAAAAUAAUAGGCUCAGCCGAAAUCCUUUCUUUGUCCAAUAUGUAAUAAUGAAAUCGAUUGUAAAGGAAAUAACACUGUUUUGAAUAAACAUAUAGAUAGAUGCAUAACCACAUAAAAUGUAAUAGUGGAGUAAUCUGAUGAGUCAAACAAAAAUGAAAUAGUUUAAAAAAAAAAGAUUUCAUCUAAGAUAGAAAGUAAGGCCUAAAAGAGUUUCAAUUUUUUUAAGAAGUGA